CACGGAAAAAUGAAGAUGUUUAAUGUCUGCACAUGUCCUGCAAGUCUCUGGGAGAUCGGCAAUUUAAACAUGAACUCCAAAAAAAGGAGAUAUAUGGAUUUAAAGCAAGGAGACGUUCAAUCAAUAUAUGCGUCUAGUUGUCAGUCUCAUGCAGGGGCGGACUGACCAUUUGGAAAUUCGGGCACUGCCCGAGGGCCCGGGGUCAGUAGGGGGCCCCAUGAGAUGCCCCUGGUACCUUUUUCAUAGGCUUUUUUGAGUUUGGGCAAGGACACAGGGGCCCCAUGAUCCCCUAUUGCCCGGGGGCCCCAUGAGUUGUCAGUCCGCCCCUGGUCUCAUG